AUGGGGACCAACCACAGCCCGGUAACAGAGCGGGUGGCGUGGAUCAAAGACAUCCAGAAGCUGCUGAGAAGACCGCAGGAUGGACGCAGCGGCGACGGUCUGCUCAAAAUACUGAGGAGGUGGCUCUACAUGCAGGAUCUCGGCUUGGAAGGCACCUCGCUCAACGACAUCUUAUACAAAAACGCCGCCUUCCUCAACCUGGUGGACCCGAUUUCGCACGAGCUGCUGCUCAGCCUGGCUCGAGAGAUGCAGUGUCCCAAGAAGGACGCAGACACCAUAAAGUCGUCUGAUAAGAUCUGCCGACAGCUGAUCUACCACCUGACCCCGCACUCGAAGUGGCUGAGGCAGAGCAUGUCCAGACGGAAAUCCCAGGCCUGCCUCAAGACAACCCUGCAGAAGAAGCUCUCCAGCGACUCUGUCGACCUGUCCGGCAUCCCUUUGUCCGCCCGCGACGUCCGCCAAGUCGCCUUCUACCUCCAGAACAACAGAGACAGCGUGGUGGCCGUGGACAUCAGCUUCACGGAGCUCCAGGACGAGAACCUGCGGAUCCUCCUGCCUCUCCUCGCCUCGCUGCCCAAGCUCAGCACCCUGGCUCUCAACGGCAACCGCCUCACGCUGUCUAUCCUCAAAGAUCUCACCGAGAUGCUCAAAGACCCCAAGAUGUUCUCCAACCUGGCCUGGAUCGACCUGGGCAACAACGUGGAUAUAUUCACCAUGCCGCAGCCGCUGCUGGUCGCGCUACGCCGCCGCUGCAGCCUGAAGAGCAGCUUACCGACUAUCUACGAGUACACGGAGGGCCAGCCCUACUGCUACCACCUGGAGACCUCCAUCGAGGAGCCCAGCCACUACGAGGAAGAGGAUGAGGACGAGGACGACGAGGACGACAUGGGGAACAAAUUCGAGCUGGAGCCGUGGACGCUGGGGGAGAAGCAGCUCUCCAAAGACUUCACCCUGCACUACUGCGAGAGGUGAUGGAGGCGUUUCCUCUCUCACGCUUUCUUUCAACUGUGGUUGAAAAUGUCGUCCCACGGCACUCUGUUACUUCCUUCGCCCUUUCACACCACGAGCCCAGUCACCCUUCGAAGGGGAAUGAAAACUUGUCGUCCCCCCGGAACACGGCUACCAAGCUAACCCUAAACCAUCUCUGAGUUAACCCACACAAGAUGACAGCGAAGCGACUUACUGUGUUGGUGGAUGGCGCUCUUGGGAACGAGGUGCGGUUUCAUUGGAGGGGGGCUGGAAGAGUUAAUGAACCGAUGCGCGCUCUCUCUC